GAAACAACAUUCUUCCUAUCCAACCACCUGAUAAAAAUAGGACCCUCCGGAGGUACCCCCCUCUCCAAUACCAACCACCAGCCAACCAAGCACAAGAGGCAAACCCCUCUACGUAGGUAGCAAUCGGAACCGCGGACCGACCCGCCGGGGAAAUCGGGAACCCUCUUCACUCCGCAUAUACAGUAGCUGCGGGUUCAGUAUCAUCUACCUACAUUACAUUGCGAUCCCAGAUCAUGCGGUUAUCCCAUUUCGGAGGAGGCUAUACCCCGUACAUGGCAUACCUUAGAUAGGAAUGCAUGCAGGUUGAUAGUUAAGACAAACUUUCGUAUUGGCAUCGGACAUACCUGAGUCCUCGUAUGGCACCGAUAGGGAAGAGAAGAAUACCCUGCGGCGUUGCUCCCCUGAUUCCUUAUUUGUUCGCGGAGGAGGCAGAUGGUUGGAGAGUCGGGCAAGGUUGGGAGUUAGGGGAAGGGAAGAGUUGUAUUUCAAUCGGGGGAUACAUUGGUGAUAUUGUUCGAGAGAAAUUUCGAGAUCAGCUUGCAUUAUGUCCAUUUAACGCCUAUUAUCGUCCAGCCCCUCCCCCCAAAACCCUUUUUGCUUUCCACCCGGGUAGCGGCCGUUGCAAGUGAAAUCAUAGCCCUCCGGAAAUACUCCCCUCUGGCCAUACACACGGAGUGAUGAUCCAGGGCUUGAAAUCUAUUG